AUGGGUAUUUCCAAGCUAAAAACAUAUUUGAGUCCAUAUACGAGACGAUUAAAGUUAUUUUGGAUAGCUGAAAAAUACUUUUAUCAAAAAAAGAGAGAGACAGUACUUAUUGUUGAUUCAAGUUCAUUUAUUUUUGACUUAUUAUUACAUUUUAAUCAUGACUUACAAGCAGUAGAAAAUUUUCUUAAAGACUUAAAAGUAAUUUGUGGUGAACAUUAUAUAUCAUUAAUAUUUGUAAGAGAAGGAAUUAAUCCAUCUCGUAAGGCUACAGAAUUAAUUCGUCGAAUUGAACAGUCUGUUACAACUAGAAAUAAUUUUUUUGAAAGUCCACAUACAGUCAAACAAGCAAAUAUUCAAAUUUGUAUUCUUCAUAUUAGAACAGCAUAUCAUCUUAUUGUAAAAGCAGGAUUUCAACUUAUUAGAGCUUAUUCAGAAGCAGAUCCAUUUAUUAUUGCAAAUUCUAUUAAAAGAAAGGCUUACGCAAUUAUUUCUAUGGAUACUGAUUUUUAUCUUUCAAGUGCUUUGAACGUUAUAUUUCCAUAUCAAUUUAUUACUUCUAUACUUCUUGCAUGUUCAAAAAAGAAGCCAUUAAAUCAAAUCACUUUUGAUGGAAUUUGUUGUGAAGAAUGUAAAAGAAAAAUAAAUGUUUCAAGCACAUUUAUUCCAUAUUUUAGUUGUUUGUGCGGAAAUGAUUUUACUAAAUCAUUUAAUCAAAAGUUACUUAAAAAGUUAGGAUUGUGCUUUAAUUAUAACACUGUCAUACCUACAGUUAUUGAUUUUAUUCAAUCAUUUACAGGUGAUGAAAAUGAUUUACAUCAUCACAUUCUGAAUUUAUUAGACAACGAUGAAGAAAAAGAACAAUUUGAAAAUGGAAUAUAUCAAAUUAAUCGAUUGGCUCGAUAUAUUCCAGAAAAACCAGUUAUUAUCCCUGGAAUAGACUUAUAUAAUACUGAACAUUCUUAUUCAACUACGUUAGGUGCAUGGUCUAUUGCAAGUAAACACAGUCCUUUAUGUUAUCCAAAUUAUCUUUCUCCUUUAAAAGCAACAAGGAAAAUAAGAAAAAUAAUUUAUAGUAUAUUUAAACCAAAUAGUACUAUUACUGAAUAUUAUGAUGAUGGUGAAAAAAAACAACACACUGUACAUAGUAAAAAAUUAGAUAAUGGUGAUAUUUAUUGGUGGUUAAAAUCAAUAGGAUUUGAUGACUCUAUUUUUGAUUUCGUUAAUUUAUCAAUGAACAAUGAAUUACCUUGGUGGAAAACAGUUUUUGCAAUAGUAAUGAAAUAUAUAUCAACAAAUUGUCCUAACUUUAAACAUUAUAACUUUUUAUUGUAUGAAUGGUAUGUUAUUUGUCGUGACUAUCCAAAUCUAAAACGUUUUUCAAACAUAAAAAUACCAGGUGAAGAUCAUAGAGAUCCUGUCCAUUUGUUUAAUUAUUUCCAUUCAGUAUGUUUUGAUUUCAAUGAAGUUUUGAUUGAUUAUGUUAAUAUAUCUCCUGACUAUCUCAUCCCACUAACAGUUCCUUGUAUCUAUCAAUUUGUAAACGAAUUUAUAAUUCAGUCAAAUGUUGAUUCUAAGAUUGAUUUGUUAAUUUCGGAAGAUAAUUUCUUUGCUAAAUUAUGUCAACUAGUUGGAUUUAAUCAUGAAACAGAAUAAUAA